AAAGACCUGCGACUCAACUGUGUCAGACACGAAGCUCCGAGGAGUCUCUCCACAGCAGCUCUGCAAAGAAGCUCCACAGCUACCAGACCCACUCUGAAGAUGAGUCCCUCUGUCAGCCUGCUGCUCCUGCUCGGCCUCUCUCAGGCUCAUCCUCUCAUGGAGAAAAGAGGAGGAGGAGAGGGCCAGGUGGAGGAAGACCACACCGUCGAUAUCACCACCAGGAUUCUGACCGCAAACAAUGGCAGCAACGAGAUCCUGCUGGAAGGAGACAUCCUGCUUCCAAAAAGCAGAAAUGCCAUUAAAUGCCAGAGUUACCAGAGCUGCCUGUGGCAGAAAGACAACAACGGCCUGGUGACGGUUCCCUUCACCAUCAGCAGUGAGUACAGCAGCGGGGAAAGGCAGCUGAUCAGAAAUGCCUUGCAGUCCUUCCACAGCCAGACCUGUGUCCGCUUUGUCGACCGUAAGAACCAGAACGACUACAUCAGCAUCGAGAGCCAGAAAGGAUGCUUCUCUCCUCUGGGCAGACAGGGAGGGAAGCAGGUCCUGUCUCUCAACAGGCAGGGCUGCGUCUACUUUGGCGUCGUCCAGCACGAGGUCAACCACGCUCUGGGCUUCCAGCACGAGCAGACCAGGAGCGACCGCGACUACUACGUCAGGAUCAACUGGGAGAACAUCGACCCACAGAUGGCCUACAACUUCGACAAGCAGGACACCAACAACCUCAACACUCCCUACGACUACUCCUCCAUAAUGCACUAUGAAAGAACAGCCUUCUCCAUCAAUGGCAGGGAAACCAUCACCCCCAUCCCCAACCCCAACGUCCAGAUUGGCCAGAGGCAGGGCAUGUCCUACUGGGACAUCAGGAGGAUCAACCUGCUGUACGGCUGCUGA